AUGUCUGUCUCUGAUCAUGGAGCUCGAGCCCGGUCGAGGAUCUCUUCAUUCAACGCUGACGAGAACACGACACCAAUCAACAACACCCUGGAGUCCCCAUCACCUCAUCUACCCACAAGCCAUUCAACCGGGGAACUCUUCACCACCCCCGCCUCUACCGCCAGCUCGACCCUGCUCUCCCAAUCUUCUUCCGACGCUUAUGUCAACGAUCCUUGGUCUCCAAAGCUCCUUUCUGGCUCUAAUUCGGUCGACGGCUUCGAGCCUGAUCCUCGAUUACAAGGAAAUAUCAACGACUCGGCUUUGCCCAUCAUCUACCAUCAAGCCUUCAAUGCUACCGAUCCUUCGAACGGAACCGCAUCAAUAGCAAAUGUUCAUCGUGUCCUGGCCAGCAGUGGGGUCGGAGCCAGUGCCAUAGAACAAAUCCUCAGUGUCAGUUGUGGUCGUUCAUCACGAGUAUCUAAACAAGAAUUUAGCAUCGCAUUGGCCGCCGUUGCCUUUGCUCAGCAAGGAAGAUCCCCAUUGUGCGUACAGAGGAUCAUCUCCAGGAAGGGGUCGUUCCCACUCCCAACACUCGACCUUGGCACAUCUCUCAACAACCCCAUCAGGUCACAAACUCAACGGGCUGCGUUCCCUGAAGAUCCGUGGUGUACGAGUCCAUCCUCAACCAUGAAAGCACGAUCUGCUGAAGCGUCGACAAGUUUACCAUUCCUCAUCGAUCAGGCUGAGAUCUCUGCCCCACGAGUCCCCGAGCCCCGGCUGGCUAGUCGGAUCGAACCUGAUCCUCAAUUCUCCAAUUCUCGCUUCUUGCCCACCUUCAAUCCUCUGUUACGUGAUUCAGUAUCAAUCAGAAUGAGCUCUCCCGAGGGUUGGCUCUUGAAACAUAACGUCUAUACCGUCGAACAUGAACGGAAAGGUACCAGUGUUCCUCGAAGAUAUAGUGACUUUGUUUGGCUCCACGAGUGUCUUUUGAAACGAUACCCUUUUAGGCUUCUUCCGAUCUUACCUCCCAAGCGUUUAGCUAUUUCUGGGCAUCAUCUUGUAGCAGGUGAUGAUUCGCAGUUUUUGGAACGACGGCGCCGGGGCUUGCAGAGAUGUCUAAACUUCUUGGUCAACCAUCCCGUCCUAUCGAUCGACUCGAUCCUGAUCACAUUCCUAAGUGAACCCUCGGACCUAGCCACCUGGCGAUCACAUUCGCGAGUCCAUCUGGUCGAAGAAUCCGUGACGACCCGUCUGACGCCAGCCGAAGAGAUGUCAAUCCCGGAGGACCUGGACAACCAUUCUGCCACCUUCCGUUCCCGUCUCCCGUUGAUGAUCGAGCAUUGGGGAAGGAUCUGCAACGGCUUGGAACGGAUGGUGCGGCGGAACGAGGCGCAGAGUGUGGACCUGACGAAGAUCCAGUUUGCGAUUGGAUCGGCGCUUGAGAGCGGUCGGGCGGCGUUGAAUAGCGAGCAGUCAGAAUGGACCUUGAAUGAGGUUCAACGAGCCGAAGAGGAGACUGAGUUAGUCGGCCAACAUAUUGGCAAACAUGCCGAGAUUAUCGAUCAUCGUGCCGGGCGAUUAAGCCUAUCGACCCAGGAACAGAUCCGAGCGCACAAGGAAUUAUUCACGAACUUUGUCAGUCUCUUCGAUCGUAUAGACCGACUGAGCGGGGACGAUGUGGAUGAGCGAUUAAAACCGAGGGCGGAGUUGAAUACGCGGAAGAUGGAAGCGGCGCGAGAGGCCCAGAAGCCAGGCUGGGAGGACGAGGUGGAUAAGCUGAAGAAUCUGAUCGAGCAGGAUCGGGCUGGGAUCGAAUUCAAACUGCGGAGGAGGGUCUUCAUUCGUUGGUGCUUGUGGCAGGAGAUCGUGCAUACUCUUAGGGUCGCUAGUCUCAUUCGCUUCACGUGGAAAGAAUUCGUCGAUCAUGAACGCCAAUUCUCCGAACGUUCCACCCGUAAUUGGUCUGACUUAAUCGAAAUUAUUGACAGCGUUUCGCUGUAAUACACGUUCCUUUUUUUUAAAAAAAAACGAACUUUCUUUUUUAAUAGCUUUCUUAAUUCUUUUUUUAGUCGUUUUGUAGUUAGUAUUGUCGUCUGAGUAUGUUUUUUCAUCACUUUAAUCAUCUGCUACUUUCCUUUCCUUUUCUAAUGAUAAACGAAAAAGCGAUAGAAAAAAAAGCGCAUUGAUUGUAUUUAAGAAGACGUUGUCUAUUGUGUUCUGAUCA